AUGGCGCAAGGUGUUCCGCGUCCGGCGGGCCUGCUGCUGAUGCUGGCCGUGACGGCCGGUGUCGUCACAGCUCUCCCGAAGCCCUUUGAUCGCAACAACCGCACCAUCUACCAUUUUCACAUCCACAAGUGCGGCGGCACCUCGUUUUGCGCCGACGCCGUUGCCAACAACGAGACAGUCCCCGACGGUUUCCCGCGAAGCAACUGUAAUGGCCAAGGUGAUAACCCGCAAGGUUCACACGCGAUCGGUGGCAAGUACAACGAAAACUUUGAUUGCGAUGGUCGGUUGGCUGCCAUGGGAAACGUGACAUACUUUCAGACCGAGAACGUCUUCAACCAGCGCAUGCUGGAAUGCCCCGACCGCCUCCUCAUUGGUAUGCAAAUGCGCCACCCCAUCAGGCGCAUCAUUUCUCACAUCAGCUAUGAGACUCGCCUGCGCUCGGACAACACUGCGAAGGCACGGGCAGAGACGUUCAGCCCCCGACCAAACAGCGAUACCCGCUACGGCUCAGCCACCGUCAACAACUACUACAUUCGCAGUCUCCUCGGGUCGGUCGUGUACGAGGCCCCCUUGGGCACAAUCACGCGUGCACAUCUCGAGGCUGCCAAGCGGGUCCUGGAUCAGUUUGUCAUCUUCAUUCUCGAGCACGCCGAGUGGCAUGAAGAGAUGCUCGCUUGCUACUAUGAUUGGGAUGAAAGAGCCCAGCAGGCUGAGGGAACCCACCUGCGCGAUAGUCAUGGUAGCUCAAGUGCAUGGGCCGAGGAGAACCUCGACGACGAAUGGCGAGCCAAAUUGGAAGAGCUGAAUGCGCUCGACCUUGAGCUGUUUCGCUAUGCCGUUGGUUUGUCUGCAGAACAGCUGGGGGCUUGUCGCGAUGCACAGAAUGCCAGAUCAUAG